AUGGAUGUUGUGCUCUGGGAACACGACUUAUAUUUUUUAGCAGCACAGCCAGUGAAAAGUGAUCGGUCUCCCCCGUUUAGUCCUUCAAGCAUGGAGAAUCUACUUCAAAACGAUCGGUCACCAAAGGAAAGUGACCAGUUGCCCCUCUUAGUUCUUCGAACAUGGAGAACCUGCUUCAAAAUGACCGGUCGCCAGAGGAAAAUGACCAGCUAUCUCCACGCUGUCAAACUUAAGAAGAGGAAAUUGAACCAAGGCAUAGAGCCUACAUAUCAGCUUCCAGAAAGAAAGAACCGUGGCAAACCUCAAGUACAAUAUGAAGCGGAUCUUAAAGCCAAGGGGAAAUACCCCAUCAAUAAUUAUAUAUCUCUCAACCGAUUAUCAGUGGCACAUGCGCACUUUGUGAAGCCAUGA